GUUCGAGAUCUUGAUUUUGGGAUAAAGGUAAUUGGUUCUGACAUAGUACGAGAGCAUGAUGGCCUUGCAAUGAGUUCCCGCAAUGUGAAACUUUCGCCUGAGGACAGACAAAAGGCUUUGUCUAUUAGCCGAGCACUGUCUAAAGCCAAAGUUGAGGCAGGAAAGGGACAGGUCAACUGCGGAGAGCUGAUAAAUUCAGCUAUUCAAAUCAUAGAUGAAGCCGAUGGAAGGGUUGAUUAUGCUGAAAUUGUGGAGCAAGAAAGUUUAGAGCCGGUGGAAACAAUCAAGAGACCAGUUGUAUUCUGUGUAGCAGCAUGGUUUGGAAAGGUCAGGCUCGUUGACAACAUGGAAAUAAAUAUAUGAGAUGGAGCCACCAAAAAUAUAUACGAUAACCAAAUAUAUAAAAACUGAGGUGAAGUACUAGUCCCUGGUUUGCAAGAAGCUUUGCAGUUUGUAAAAGCCAUCUAAAAAUGACUUUUCUCAAAGUGGAAGAAUCAUCUUUCCAGCUGCAAGUAAAAUAUGGAGCAAUUAGCUAGUCUUUUCAUACUGCUCUACUAUUGUCUUGGUUUUUUUUUUGACGAUGAGAACCAGAACCAUCAUUUACUGAUUCUUCGACAAGUCUGAUCACCUCCUGUCCUCGGCUAUAAAAUCAUUUCUUCGGUCUGA